CCUGAAGCCGUCGGCAGCGAGCGGCCCGCGGCGGCUCCGCUCAACUUGUGCGGAGGGGCGGUGUGGAGCCGGCGCUGCCCCGGCCUCAGCCUUCGGCGGCGGGACGGGAGCGGACACACGGAACACUAUGUCACUGGCAUCCUGGUUCGGGUGGAACGAGCCCCCAACUCGCUUUUCCCAGAGGACCCCCACAGAAAUGGUGGUUGAGACACUAAUGAUGGAGCUGAACUGGCAGACCAAGCAGGCAGAGAAGCUGCAGCGAGAACGGGAGAACGAAUACCGCAAGAUCAAGACUGGGGUGGAUUACGGCUGGCUGGUCAGCUACCCAAAGCAGAGCUAUGACAUCAGCCCAGGAGAAAGGCUGCAGCUGGAGGAUAUGUGUACCAAAAUACAUCCUUCCUACUGUGGGGCUGCCAUACUCAGAUUCCGGCAACUCGUUACUGAAUAUGAGCCAGAAGUGCAGGAAGUAUCCCGGCUUUUCCGCUCUGUCCUGCAGGAAGCUGCUGAGAAGAUCAAAGAGGAGGAAGAGGCCAAGAAGCUUGCCAGGCAAUGGAACACAAAGAACAAAUCCAGCCUUUCCUUAGCAACAUUUAAAUCCCGGUCCAGGAUUUCCCCGUUCAUCAGUGACAUCAAGACCAUCUCUGAGGAUGUGGAACGGGGCACCCAGCCCACCAGGAGGAUUUGGAGCAUGCCAGAAUUUCGGAAUGUCAAAGAUUACUGACUCUAUACCAAACAAGGUUUUUAGACAGUGAUCUUUUCAAAACCCCAGUUAACCCUUUUUUAGCUCUACUGUUUCUUUGUUCCAGCUCUCUCUUCCUGCCUGUCUCACUCUUAGAAGCUGUGUCCAUAGUAACUGCUGCUGAUGCCUGCAGUGUGUGGCACAAUUUACUACCAAAAGCGCUAGUCUCUCCUUUAACUUAGUAGCUAUUCAGUAACCUUAAAGGCAAGACUCACUUACUAUCUCAUUUUUAUUACUGCUUUCUUGUGUCAAAUGAAUUAGUUUUGUGGUGUCUGUAUUCUUCCUCCCCAGCCCAGAUGUAGUUAUUUACAAAAGCUUUUGGCCCAAUCUAGUGAGAGCUGCUGGCUGGACCAGUCUUGCUGAUAGUGAGACAGCCACUGACAUGAGUAAGGCUUGCAGGAUCAGGCCUGUGAGUUAAAGGUAGUAUCUGAUUUGGAACUCAACUUCCUUUUCCAACUAAUAACCUUCCUCAGUGCUAUAGGAAACUUCACAGGUAACCUCAGCACUGCUCUUGACCCAAGCUAUUUGAGAUGAAAGACCAAUAUUAUUCCAGAGCAACUCAUUCAUGCAUGCUCAGGUUUCUUGGGUAUUUUCUCUUUUGUGCAGGCAGAAGCCCUGGAACCUUGCACCUGCAGAGCAGAUAGAAAUGUAACACCCUGCUGUGUAGAUAUACAGGCUGAUACAUCAGUGUUGUGUCAAAUACUGUUCUUGGUCCUCAGUUUUCUGUGUGACUGAGGUAAGUGCUGCACCCCACGUCUAGAAAUAAGGCAGUGGGCUGAAAUUAAGUGUUUAUGGCUAAGCCUGAAAGAGUACUGAAGUACAGUAUCAGUGUACAGAACAGGGUGAAGGGAAACAGCAUUUUAUCUACAGGGCUCUUUGGACAGCUGCAACAGUCGAGAUCAUUUUAAGAAGCUGCUGCAGAUGAAGGUUUGUGCCCUCAGUCUUCUCUCACGAGUGCUCCCAAGAGAGUUUUUCCAUACCACAGGCUGCUGGCCACCGAGUUGAUACUAUUAGAAAAGAAUCUUUAAUGCAAAUUAAAGCUUGUAGGCCAGCAUGGUUCUGCUGAGACCUCGAACCACCUGAACAACCUUUGCUGAAGCAAAGGUACUGGAGCCCUAACUCAGGAUCUGGAGGGAGAACUCUCAACAGCAAAGGAAAGAGCACGGCAUCCUGUUAAAAUCAUGGAUCCUGUAGAGAAGCCAAGGGGUAGGCUGCUUUGUGGUGACCAACAGGAAAUGGGGAAGGAAGAGAGGGAUUUCCCUACAUGACUAGCUUUUGAGGAAUCAUCCCAGUGGGGUAUAGAGGACUCUGCAACUGUUCUUUUGCCUGUUUCCAGCUCUUUUCCCUGAGGACAUGUGCAGGAGCAUGUGGGUACUACAGCCAAGAUAAAACCUUUGAAGCUGCACCAACUCUGGGCAGAAUUCCAGCAUGUGCAAUCUAUCCUAGAGCAGAAAUGUGCAGUUUCUUCCAGAGAUGGGGGAGGGCAACAUGAAACAAAGAUCAAGAUCAAACCCUUAAGAGACCUCUAUGACUGUGGGAUUUUGGCCCUUCUUCUCUCCCCUCUGGGCUACCUAAGAUUGAACACAAGGCUUUCUUACUAGCACCAGCCUGUAGUUUCCAGUCCUUUGGUAAACUUUGCUGCCAGCAACCCUCCUAGGAACAAAAAGCAGAAGCUCACUUUUAAUCAAGAACUCAGGGUUUCCAAUUACAGCAUCCAGUUUGGGACAGGCUAUUUCAACUUAGGUCAGUGAGGGAGAGUUUAAAGGCUUCUGACAAUCAACUCGGUGUUUUUCAGCUGUAUGUUCUAGUGAAGUAACAUAUUUGUGUAUAUGUAAAAACAAAGGCUUGACACACUUAGCAUAGCUUUAGCUACCUAGAAGAUGGAGGAUCUUCAGCAAGGAACCACCAAAAUUUGCAGAAAAAAAAAUCUUCUUUGGUAAAAAUUAAUCACCUUUUAUAUAUAUAUAUAUAUAUUUGCAAGCCACCGUAUGGUACUGAAGAGUGUGUUCAUGAAUUUUAUGCUACAGCUCUGUAGUAAUUUGCUCUCAUGUUCUAGUUGGACACCUUCAGUAUUGAUUGUAUUGAUGCAAUAUUUGAUGCACUGCUGGGAGAGAUGGGACUUUCUGACACACUGACAUAAAGCUCUUUAUUACAGUACCUUGUCUGCAAUGUGCUCACUAUUUCUUAAGGAGAAUCAGGAGUAAUUAACUUCCCUAUACCCUUGUACAACACCUAAAGGGUGUUCACACUAUCACAGGACCCUGUGGACACCUUGUGUCCUUCAUUAACAACCUCCAGCUAGCAGAUACCGUUGUGUGGCUAUAUUAGCAUUUUUAGUUCAAAUCAGGAGAGUGCAAACUAGACUGCUUUUUUUGGUGAACAUAAGUGAUCCAUUGCAGCUGGGUCACAGACCAUAAGGCUGGAUUAACAAUAGUCUGAAGUAAACUUUUAGGAAAUUUGUAUAGUGUGAACAUCAGGUCCUCACUACACUAGUAACUGUCUGACUCUACAGCUCUGUUCAGCCUGGGCUGCACUAUUUGGUAGUAUAGAAAAAGAAAAAUAAUGCUACACAGCCCUGGUGAGACUCUCUGAUCUGUUCUUAAUCUCUAUUGAGAGCUAGUCCAGUGUUUUUAAUUCUUUAAGAAGAAGUGAAAUAGCAGUACAGCAUCAUUAACAAACAAGCAAGUGAGCCGAACAAGAAUAAUUCUAAAUCCUCAAUCAUUCUUCCAAAACUGAGCAGUGAUUUUUGGCAUCAGCCCAGAGCAUCACUGCUGCCCUAUUGCUGAUAGCAUUAUGCUGGCCAAAGGACACCCAGGAAAAAGCAGUCCUAGAAUGUACAGUCUAAGAAGUAAAAGCAACACCUCUUCAAAUGCUCACCUUCAAGGGGCCAACACUACUCAGAGUCACUACUCACUCCAGUGAGACUAUGUAGUACUGCUCCUAUGGUUUCUACAGGCAAGCCUGGGCCACAGGCUGUGGCAGCCAGCAAAGGUGUGCAGUAGGUGAGGUUCCUCACUUGUGUAACAUAUUGUUCAGAUGCUAUCAUGCUGUGGGGAACUGGAGUAAGCUUUGCAGGAAACACCUGUCUACUGAGAUUGCACUGUUUAUACACUUCCUCACAGAACCUCAGAGAAUUAAAGCAAAGCUGU